UUGCUCAGAAUUGAUCUGUCAUAAUUCUUAGUGUGGAAGCCGUUGUACCUAACCGGAACUAAAAGAAAAGUUCUCUGUUUAUUUGUGACUUCCGGUCGCUGUUCUCCAACACUACGGAUACUUGGAAAAUAUUUACCAUUCAUCCUAGACUGGGAUUCCCAGUUCAGUUUAUAUUCUUCGAUAAAACCGACAUAUUUGUAAAUCGAAUUUACUAGACGGUGUUCCUUAAAACCCUGGAUUAUAUUUCACACAUUAGUGAUAUUUACAAUAAUAGUUUAUUUUUAUUUCAAGUUCAAGCAAAUAACGAUUUGAUUAAUUGAAUGUGGCUGAGUAUGCGCUGGAUUCCAAAUUUAGAACUAUCAUCAUUACCUUAUUAUUGCUGAUAGGCAAUAUAGACAUUUCUUUAAACCUACACAGGCAUUCUUGUGUGUUUAUAGACGGUAAUCAAGUUUUAUUGCAUUUCGCAAAGUUCAGGGUACACAUAUGAAUGUGCUUGAGUGAGUGAUAACAAUCUGCCGCCUACUUAAAGAUAAGCCUAAUUCAAAAUCCUACAAUUUGGACGUUGCCUGCAAACAUGAGUGUCAGUAAGGAAUCCCCUGAUAUUUUCAAGAGAACUUCAAGUGAUUUUAGUAUUGUCAGUAUUAUAACGAGCACGUUAAAAAAGGCUUCAGUUAUCGGCAUUGUAUACUUAGCAGGUUAUAUGCAAUGGUCUGUUGCAUGGUUUAUUGGUCCUUUGGUACUCUCAGUCAUCAGAGACCAAUGGAAAAAGUCCAGCGAUCGUCGACGAAAUGCGGCUAAAACAGCUGCUUUGUCCAGUGAAAAGGACGUGGUUUUGGCGAGAUUAAACGACUUGCCAGCUUGGGUAUUCUUUCCAGAUAUUGAAAGGGCAGAGUGGCUGAAUAGAAUAAUGAACCAAUUAUGGCCCUCUGUCAACCUUUAUGUGAAGCAAAUCGUUCGAGAUUCUAUACAACCUGCCCUCAAGGAAAAUUUGGAGAAAUUCAAACUUUUUGGAUUCAAAUUUGAACGAAUUAUUUUGGGAACAGUGCCUUUUAGAAUAGGCGGAGUGAAGGUGUAUGAUAAAAAUAUCGAUAGAAAUGAAAUUGUGAUGGACCUAGAUAUUUUUUAUGCUGGUGAUUGCGAUAUAACGUUCCACUUAUCUGGAUUGAAAGGAGGUAUAAGAGAUUUUCAGCUGCAUGGAAUGCUUCGGGUAGUCAUGAAGCCUUUAAUUAGCUCAGUGCCUUUGAUUGGCGGUUUGCAAGUAUUCUUUCUGAAUAACCCAGAUAUUGACUUUAAUUUGCUGGGUGUAGCAGACGUACUUGAUAUGCCAGGGCUAAGUGAUAUACUGAGACGUAUUGUGAUCGAGACCGUAUCAAAUCUUAUGGUUUUACCAAAUAAGUUUCCCAUAAAACUCAGUGAAGAAGUAGAAGCUAUCGAUUUGAAGAAUCCAGAACCAGAGGGCGUGCUUCGGGUCCAUGUAGUGGAAGCCAAACACUUAAUGAAGAAAGAUAUUAGUGUACUAGGCAAGGGUAAAUCGGAUCCUUAUGCAGUUGUUACUGUUGGGGCACAAAGCUUCAAAACUAAAGUGAUUGAUAAUACUGUAGAUCCAAAGUGGGACUUUUGGUGCGAGUUUAAUAUAUUGGAAUCUAAUGGACAACAACUGUAUAUCCAUUUGUGGGAUAAGGAUGAUACUGGAGAUGAUGAGAGCUUGGGAAGAGCUACAGUUGAAAUAUCCAACAUCGUAGAGAAAGGAUCCCUAAAUUCUUGGGUGACUUUGGAACAAGCUAAACAUGGUAUGGUACAUUUGCGUUUUACUUGGCUUACUCUUAGUAAGGACUACAAUGAUUUGAAAACGGUUUUAUCUGAGACCCAAAUGCUCCAAGUGUCAACCUUAACUACCGCGUUGUUAACAGUCUUCGUAGAUUCGGCAAAAUAUCUGCCUCAAGCAAGAUCGUCCACUAAACCCGAUCCCUAUGUAACACUACGAGUGGGUGCAACUACAAAAGAAACUACACAUAAAAUGAGAACAAUUCACCCAGUGUGGGAAGAAGGAUAUACAUUUUUAGUUGCUAAUCCGGAAAACGACUCAUUUUAUCUGAAUGUCAUCGACAAGAAGACAAAUUCGGAUAUUGGGCAAUUUGUUUUCAAAAUAAAAAGUCUUUCGGAUAAGAGCAACUUGCAGGUUAUCAAGGAACCGUUUACUCUACUGAAAUCUGGGCCCGAAAGUAAAAUUGUUCUAUCGAUGCAUUUAAGAAUUUUUAAAAGUCUACAAAACGAAGAAAUGCAAAGUGAUCAGCCAUCAGUAUUUGCAAGGACCGAUUCAAGUGUGUCUACAUCCUCAGAUUUAAAUCAAACUGAAGCGGUUCCAGUUGAAAAUCAGCGUUCUUCACUGAUAGAAUCAGUGGAUGCUUCCGUUGAAGAGAUAAUUCACAAUUCUGCAAACGAAUCUUUAACUUCAGCUUCGGUAGGCUCUGGAGAACAGCUAAUUCGCCGAGUUCCAAGCCAGACAUCGUCAGCUGGUGAAGCGGGACUAGGGAGAAUCCAAUUAACUUUACGUUACAGUGUGCAGAGACAGAGGCUGAUUGUGGUUGUUCAUAAAGUGGCGAACAUUCCUCUGAAAGAUCCGUCGCACAUCCCGGAUCCGUAUGUCAAACUCUACUUGCUUCCUGAAAGAGCAAAGGAUAGCAAACGAAAAACGCAGAUCAUUAAAGACAACUGUAACCCAGUAUUUGAUGAAACUUUUGAAUUCAUAUUGAACCAAGCAGAACUGGGAAGUAAACAGCUAGAAAUUACCGUUGGCACCCAGAAGCAACUAUUUAGCAGCAAUGUAUUAGGUCAAGUGAUAAUCGAUUUGAGCAAGUUGAAUCUGACUCAACCCUAUAACGUGUGGUUGGAUCUACAACCAGAAGAAUAAUGCUAUGCAGCAAAAUAUAUGAGACAAUACUAAAAAAGUAUCACAUAGUUGCGUGCCUCUCUCUUACAUAUAUAACGCUAUAUACUUUACUAACCAAAGCCAAAUUUUUCAGAACGAUGUAUGCCGUGAAGUCUAAAGAAAUUUAAAAUUUUUACUGAUCAGAAAUAACGGGGAAUAUUCUAUAUCAUUUUGUUUUUGUUUUAAUUUUGCCGAUGCUGGGUUUCAUUAAAAAUAUUGUAACUGGUAGAGUAUAAGUAUAAAUAUAAAGGUAAAGCACAAAUAAAAAAGAUUGUCUUCACAUGAAACUCAAGACUUUUUGCUAAAUUUGGUUUUUUACUUUUAAAAUGAUUGUAUUGCAUUGCAGCGAAAAAAAUGGUAAAUACCUAACUAACAUAAUUUUACGAACUUGCAGAAUUAAAAUAUAUUAUGACUAUUAAAUAAUCUGAGUGUAAUCAGCAGAAUGUUUUUUAUAUUAUAUUAAAAUCUAAAUCCGAACUUAAUUUACUAACUUUUGUGGUUCUUAAAAACACGAUGCUAUUGUGGUGGUAAACACUAUAUAUUGUGAAUUAGUUUAACUUAAUUUUUUUAUUUUUAUAUGCAUGUUGUUUUCAUUUUUGAAACAAUUUAUAAUUUCUUAUUUUAUUAUUGUUGUGCUAACACGUCAUACACAAUAAAUAUAUAAUGUUU